UUCAAUUAUGCUAAACGGAAAGCCUCAACCAAAUUUUGUGCCAAACAGAGGUCUGAAGCAGAGGGAUCCUCUCUCACCAUAUUUGUUUAUUUUAUGUGGGGAAGUUUUUUCUGCUCUUAUUAAUAAAGCUGUUGCAGCUAAGAGUUUGACUGGUAUGAAAUUGGCGAGAUCUGCUCCUGUCAUUUCUAAUUUGCUUUUUGCAGACGACAAUAUUCUCUUUGGUAGAGCAGAUGUUCAUGAGGCGGAAUGCCUAAAAAGAAUCCUUGCUACUUAUGAGCGGGUUUCCGGACAAGUUGUCAACCUUGACAGAUCGAUGCUUUCUGUUGGCCGAAAUGUGCAGCAAACCAGUUUUGAUGAGCUUGAACAACUUUUGGGAGUAAAGGCCGUUGAGAGCUACGAUAAAUAUUUGGGUCUACUGACUAUCAUUGCUAUCAGUAGCAUGAUCUCUAAUUUUUUCUGGGGUGGUGAUGUAACACGCAAAGGAUUGCAUUGGACAAAGUGGAAGAAUCUAUGUCGGAACAACGUGGAUGACAGACUUGGAUUUAAAGACCUUAAAGCUUUUAAUUUGGCUUUGGUGGGUAAGAAUUGGUGGCGGAUCUAUUCGAGACCGAACACGAUGGUGGCAAGAAUUUUUAAGGCCAUUUAUUUCCAUGGUUGUGAUUUGUGGGUGGCAAAGAAAAGGAUAUAGAUCGAGCUACGCUUGGUCAAGUAUUCUGAAAACAGGUUGGGUAUUUGAAAGAGGAGGCUUGUGGCGGAUUAGCAAUGGCAAUAGAGUUCAUAUAUGGUUGGACAAUUGGCUGUCGGGUGGACCACCGUUAAAAUACCGCUAAGACAUGGUGACGGAACAUGGGGUUGAGCAGGUUGGAGCCCUUAUUGAUCAUCAACAUCAUCUAUGGAAUGCGGAACAUGUGGAGCUGGUCUUUUGUCCACGUACUGUGCAACGUAUUCUUGCUGUUCCUCUUGUGAGCCAUGAUGGCGAUGAUUUUUUGAGCUGGCCGAGAACAACGGACGAGAAUUAUACGACGAAAACAAGGUACCAAUUUAUUAUACUGCAGAUGGAGAUUGAGCUUGCAUCACCGUCUACAUCGCACUCUCUUCCACCAAGUAUGUGGCGGAAGUUUUGGAGCUCAAAUGCUCUCCCCCGCUGCAAAGAAUUGUGCUGGCGGUUGGUGAGAGGUUUCCUUCCCGUGUCCAUGGAGUUAAAGAGACGACAUUUGGAUGUUCAUGAGGCAUGUGGAUGGUGUGCCACUGGUUUGGAGGAUUUAUAUCAUGUCUUUCUCGGGUGCCCAACAGCUAGGAGUUUCUGGUAUGGACCCCCCCUUAUCUAUGCGUGUUGAGCGGUUAGCGACUAUGGAGGAAUUUUGGCUCCAGGUGCUAUGGUCAGGAGACUGUGAUACUAUCCAGAUGGUUCAGACCCUGUGCUACGUCUUGUGCGAACCGCGGAAUAGCACAGAGUUCCGGCGUGUGUGGACAUUGCUUCCAUGCCUUGCUCAACAUGUGUGGACGCUGCUUCCCGGCCCUGCUGCGCGCGCACAAAACCAACAAGCUCCACGACAGUUGCAGGCCACAUGGAGUCGACCAGCAAGAGGGGUAAUUAAACUGAAUUUUGAUGCUACUUUCGGGCAGGCAGGUGUUGGAGGCUAUGCCAUGGUGGCUUGGAAUCACGCAGGAGAGAUCAUGGCGUCGGCGAUGGAGUAUCAUGUUGCUUCUCUCUCUCCGUUGUUGGCGGAAGCGGGUUACUUCUGAUGGGCCCUUCGGUUGGCUAUAGAUUUGGGAUUUCACAGGAUGACGUUCGAGACAGAUUGCUUACAACUUUUCAAUUGGUAGAGGAAAAGGCUAGGGGUGUCUCUUUUUUAGCUACUGUUGUUGGCGAAUGUCGCCAUUUAAUUUAUGCUUUUGAUGUUUUUUCUUUGUCGUUUGUUACACGUUCUGGUAACGUUGUUGCUGAUCUUUUAGCGAGGAACGCCUCCUCUCAUAGAGUGAAGUGUGGGUGGAAGAGGUUCCAAACUUUAUUGUUCAUUUGGUUGCCCAGGAUGUUUUGACAUCUAUGCCUCUUGUGAUUUGAUUAAU